AUGGCUGAAUAUUCAAAGGGCGCCGGCAGAGUGCCCACCGGUUUCGCCGCCGAAACCUUCAUCGGCGAAUCUACCUUCCGCGAAGCACACCGAGCUAUCGAAUCGAAUAAGUCUACAAACUCCAAGAAACGGAAACGAGAGAACAAGGGAGACUCGAGCGUAGUGUCCGGCGCAGGAGCUUAUAAGGGUCCGUGGGCAAGAUACGAAGAAGAGCGGCCUGAUGCUGCUUCCGACGAUGAGUUUGGUAGCGAUGAAGAGGUGGAGAUAGUAUAUGAGGAGGACGAGAUUGAACAGAACCCGGCGCCGGCGCCAAAGAAGCUUGCGGGGACCGACUAUCAUGACACGGAAGCCGAGGGAGAGACAAGCGAGUUCGUGGGUAGCCAGCAGUAUGACUACCAGGGAAGGAGCUAUAUGCAUAUUCCUAAUGAUCUCGACAUCAAACUUACUGGCGACCGCGGCGACUUCAAGAACUUCAUCCCCAAGAAGCUUGUCCAUACAUACAAGUACCACACGAAAUCUAUCACCCAAGUACGGUUCUUCCCUGGCAGCGGACACCUGCUCCUCUCUGCCUCCGCCGACUCGAAGAUUGCAUUGUGGGAUGUAUACCACCAGCGGGAGCUUUUGCGGACAUACUCUGGCCAUACGAAGUCCGUGAACGACAUCGACUUCAAUCCAAGCGGGACGCAGUUUAUCUCCGCAAGUUACGAUCGCUACAUGAAGCUCUGGGAUACGGAGACCGGAAAGUGCCUGAACAAAUUCACGACUGGCAAGACCCCGCACGUUGUGCGCAUCAAUCCUGGCACGCCGCAUGAGUUCCUGGCUGGCAUGGCGGACAAGAAGAUCCUACAAUAUGACACGAGGAGCGGGGAGCUUGUGCAGGAAUACGAUCACCACCUGGGUCCUGUCAAUACUAUCACCUUCUGCGACGAAAACCGGCGUUUUGUCACCACUUCAGACGAUAAGUCUCUCCGAGCCUGGGAAUACGGCAUUCCUGUUCCCAUCAAGUUCAUCGCGGAACCAUACAUGUUCUCGAUGGUUCGGUCCUCGCCACAUCCUUCAGGAAAAUACAUCGCUUUCCAGAGUAGCGAUAAUCAAAUAGUCGUUUAUUCCUCAUCCGAUCGGUUCCGGCAAAACCGCAAGAAGAGCUAUCGGGGCCACAAUGUGGCUGGCUACGCGCCGGACGUGGCCAUCAGUGCUGACGGCCAGUACAUCUCGUCCGGAGAUUCUGGUGGCUACGUAUGCUUUUGGGAUUGGAAAACUUGCAAGAUGUGGCACAAGAUUCAGGCGAGCGAUUCACCGGUCUUGGCUGUGCAGUGGCACCCACGGGAAACGUCCAAGGUUAUCACUGGCGAUCUCAAUGGUGCGCUCAAGUACUGGGAUUAA